CUAUCUAGGGCAACAUAGACCAAACCCCUAUAGUUAAAAGCUUCGUCGCACCCUAAAUUCAAAAUCCUAAAACUGCGCCUCCACCGUUUCCCCCAAUUUCUCUCACUUUGAGGCUUGAGCAGACUAGAUGGCACCAAAGAAAGACAAGGCCCCUCCUCCUUCCUCCAAGCCAGCAAAGUCUGGAGGUGGCAAGCAAAAGAAGAAGAAGUGGAGCAAGGGAAAGCAAAAGGAGAAGGUGAACAACAUGGUGCUGUUUGACCAAGCUACCUAUGAUAAACUUCUUUCCGAGGCUCCUAAGUACAAGCUCAUCACUCCCUCUAUUUUAUCUGAUCGUUUGAGGAUAAACGGAUCACUUGCAAGGAAGGCCAUAAGGGAGUUGAUGGCAAAAGGAUUGAUCCGUUUGGUGUCUGCUCACUCGAGCCAGCAGAUUUAUACUAGGGCAACAAACACCUAGAUGUUUUGUUAUAUUUUUGCUUAUUUAGUUCUAUGCAGUAUUUCCAUUUUAUGAGACUGCUAUAAAUUAUUGUUACUUUUACUGAAGAACUCCCACUCAAAUGGGAUCUUUCUAUUAUGUGUGAGCUACAGUUCUUGUUGUUGUUAUGGUUUGAUGGAUACUUCUUUUCAGAUUUA